ACAAAUGUCAAAUUUUCUCAAUAUUACGUGAAAAUAUAUCCACGCAUAACGCAGGCGUCUUAAAGAUUUUUUUCCCCGGAAUAUCAACAAAUCCGAGUCCACUUUAGUUUCUCUCUAAAAAGAGGUUCUGAAGAGCAGGCGCGAGCUGCUUGUUUAUUCUGUUGUCAGAUGAUCUCGAGGAACCACUACGAGGAUUAAACAUCUGUCUAAAAUCAGGAGGAGGCGCAGAAGGAUCCGGGAUGUGCUCGGUGGCCGGAUGCAACUCGUUUCGUCGCAGCGCCCAGCGGUUCAAACUCCCAGAAGAUCCGGAGAAGAGGCUGGAGUGGGUCCAGUUCGUGUUAGAAGUCAACGGGCAGCGGCUGAAAGAGUCCUCCUGGACUGAGAUCAGUAUCUGUUCUGAACAUUUUAAAGAUGACUGUUUUGAAAAUACCACAGCAGAGACUGGAAAGGCUCGGCUAAAGUCUGGAGCUGUCCCAUCACUGAGUCCUGAAUCAGAUGCAGAGGUGCAUCAGGAAUCUCAUGAAGCUACUGAAACUUCUCGCUGUGAUCAACCAGAAAGGUGUGAAAGUGACAGUUCACUGUCAAAGUCAGAAACGCCUGACACUGACAUCUUUCCAGAAAGCACAGAGCUGGACAACGUACCUGAUUAUGGUCAGAUGCUACAGAAAAUUGUGAACAUUGAAAUGAUCAAAGAAAAAGUAACACUUCUUCGGAUGAAAGGGAAGUACAUCGUGAAUGAAAACCAACUCCUCCAGUUGUUUAGCAGUAAAUGUCCAAGCUGUGAUUCAAAAAUAAAGGUUGAGAGGGUCGUCAGUGGCGUCCUCAUCAUCUUGAACCAGCAGUGCCUUCAGUGUGACUACAAGAACCAGUGGCACAGUCAGCUUAAUGAUCGCUUCACAACAGCUCACCAGUGUGUUUCACCAGAUCCCACCAACAGCAGCAACAACGGUGUCAGUGAGAUCGUUGCCGUUAUGGAUGAGGAGAGUGAGUCCGUGACAGAAGCAGAGGAGUGGAAUGGUCCCAGUGAUGCAGAUUCAUCCGAUGGCGACUGGCAUCCGGUGGAAAAUAACGAGAGUGCAAGUGAAAACACUGGACAUGAUGUUCCUCAGCACAAACACAGCCAGCUCUGCCCGGAUUGUGGGAAGUUCUUUCGCAGACGGCACAAUCACACCUGUGAGCACAAAAUCAAGCCCUUUUCCUGCAACAUCUGUGGCAAGAGGUGCGUCAGCGAGGUUUCUUUGAACUGCCACAGCCGAAUCCACGACGCAAACUACGAGCACCGCUGCAAAUACUGCCACAUUACAUUCAAGACAAAGGUGGACAAAGUGGCGCACGAGCAGAUCCACGUCACUCAAGGAAAGCCCUAUAAAUGUCCAGACUGCUCAAAGUGGUUUGCCACAAGUCGGCAGCGCGCCAACCACCUGGAAGAGCACAGAGGCCCCAUCCAGCUGAAAUGUCACGUCUGUGGAAUCCAGUUCGCACGGGGAUGUUCUCUCCAGAGACACUUAGUCGUGCACACCGGGGAAAAGCCUUUCAAGUGUCCGGAGUGCCAGCGCGGCUUCAACCAGGCGAGCCACCUGAAGUCCCACAUGCGCCUGCACACAGGGGAGCGGCCGUACAAGUGUGAGCACUGCGACAAAAGCUUCAACCAUAACGUCAGCUUGAAGAGUCACCUGACAAGCUACCACUCGUCAAGUCCUGCACCUCAACGCAAGAAAAAGGUGUUAAAAGAAAGAGAAAGUGACGCCGUCGAUGCUGAGAGUGAUAGAAACAGGACAGAUAUGAACUCGGGGCUUGGUAAUGUUAAUGGGGGGCAUGAGACAGAACAGGGGAUGCAGAGUGAGACAAUGUAUGGAUCUAGGAAAAAGAGAAGCUCAAUUCCAUCCUUAAGAAAGCCAAAGAGUAACACGGCAGAGGAAGAGCAAAGUUCUAACAAGAAUCCUACAAACAUAAAGCAGAAUAAGUCAAAGAAGAAAUGUCACAGUGAUAAGUGUGAGGAUGACCUGCUUGAAAGUGACGCAUUCUUCGACUCAGUGGAGGAAGAAGAAGACAAGAGCAGCGAGAAAGUCACGGCGAGUGUGAGACGAUCCAGAGGAACGACAAACGCUUCAGACCGCGACUCUGAUUUUGACCCAGCUGAAAUGAAAAAAGCUAAGCGCAACAAUCGACAAACGCCUAACGGCUCAAAGAGGAAGAGAGGAGGGAAAAGAAAGAGUGACUGAAAAUACUUAAAGAGACACACUGAGAUAGAAAUGUUAUUGAUUUGAAGUCCUGUGUCACACAGAGUAGGGCUUUGUCUUAUCACGCAUUACAUCUGGUGGACAGAAAUGUGGCCUUAUCCUUCAACUAAUGUUUUUUACUGCUGAUAAUGAGUAAUCCUGCUGACUGCAUCAACAAACAUUUUCCUUCCAAAAUACAACCAGUCUGAGAGUAUAUUCCUGGAUAAGAGACACAUUUUUCACACCGCAGCAGACACUGGUACAAUGAUUAUUUCAGUGUGAUCUAUGACAGUGUGAACCUAAACAAACCAUGUGAACAGCAGGUUUUAAACUACUAUUGAACAGACAGACUGCUGCAGCCUGUGCUCCUGAAGAAGGAAGAAACUCACCUUUCUUGUUUUUUCUUUUAAUAAAUUAUUUAUUUAUCUUGA